AUGCGCUCAAGUCCACGCUUGGAGCACAUGAUAUCGCUCUUGUGGCUUUUGUUUCUCAUUGACUGUGAUGCUGAGCCGGGCAUAUGUGCUGAGCACGAGGUCAACUCGCGCCCAACCCUGCGCGCUUUUGAGAAGGGCAAUGCUGUCGCUACUUACUUUGGCACUCUUCGCGGCUCUGGAGAGGAGUUCACCUUUGGGGUUGUAUCUGAUGCCACGGUUAUGAAGGAGGAGGAGGCCUCAACCCCGCCUACCAUUAAGUGCCACCUGAGAGAUGGAGGAACGGUCACGAGAACGGCCACCUCCUUCACCGAUUCAGCAGCAAUAGAGAAGUUCGUUAUCGAGGCAUCAAGGCCCGUAGUCGGAGAGUUGACCAAGUACAAUCAGCAGAGGCUGCUCGAUCGUGGAUGGCCCAUGGUUUACCUAUUUGCAAGGACCGAAGAGGAUCGAUCAAGGCUUCGGAUGGAACUACACAACUUUGCCAAGGGCUACUACGACUCGCUGACCUGCGUGACGGUCGAUCCAUUGGAGUACCCAGAGCUCCAGGAGAAGAUGGGUCUUGAGCUUGGUGUCUUCCCUUCAGGGGCUGUUCAUCAGUUGUCCAAAGACCGGAUCUAUCCGUAUCCGCGGAACUUGCCCGUGGACUCGCAAUCGCUACAGAAGUGGGGACUGGAUGUUUGGCAAGGGCGCAUCAAACCGUGGACUCCUCCCGGCGCGGCAACCGCGCCUGAUGAUCCCGGCCCGACCAAGAGGGCGAAGAGGAAGGUCUCACUAGCCAACAUCCCAGGCGUGACUAUCAAGGUCGCAGGUCAUGAUGAAUUAUAG